AGAUUUGUUCCUUAACCUUUUUCUUUAUUAGUUUUUUUUUAUUUUAUUUUUAAUUUCAUUUAAAAUUAAAAUGUUUGAAGAGAUCCCCAAUUUUUUAUGUACAAGAAUUGAGCAACUGCCAUUUGGUUGAGUUUCUCUCUCUCUCUGGAUUGUCUCACACUGAUACACACUUCUCUGGAUUGAGCAACCUUAUUUGUCAAACCCUUCUGCUCAUUGCUUCAAUCACUCACUCAAAACAUUCAGAUCGCUGUUUUUCUCUCUCCGACAAACAAAGUUUGCCGGUCAGUAUAUCCUAAAAGCUUUCGGAUGAUCACUUUUUGGGGCAGGAUUGAAAAUUUUGAUCAAAUGGUUUUAUUUUCGUAUUGCCGAUGUGAGAUAUGAAGUGAGUGGUUAACAUUGGUAAUUGGUAAAUGGGGAUGCAAACAGUGGGGUCUCAAGGUGGGGGGGAUGGUAGUGGAAAACGGUCACAACUCCACUCUCUUGUGCGGGAAAAUUCGAUGUACAGUCUCACACUUGAUGAAGUUCAAAAUCAAUUAGGUGACUUAGGGAAGCCACUAAGUAGUAUGAACUUAGACGAGCUUCUUAAAAAUGUAUGGACUGUUGAGGUGAACCAGUCCACGAAUACGGAUAAUGAAGGGACAACACAAGGUAGUCAAGCUUCUCUACAACGUCAAGCUAGUCUGUCGUUAAAAGCUGCGUUAAGCAUGAAGACUGUGGAUGAGGUUUGGAGAGAUAUCCAACAAACAAAAGACAAUGAAGAAAAGAAGUCACGCGAGAGACAACCUACUUUAGGAGAGAUGACAUUGGAGGAUUUCUUGGUGAAAGCAGGUAUUGUUGCAGAAGCAUCUUCUGAUAAAACCAAUACCGAUACUACAGCUGGGAUUGAUUCAAAUGUAGCAGUAUCACAGUUUCCUCCGCAAGGUCAGUGGAUACAGUAUCCGCAACCACAAUAUCAGCAUCUACAACAAAGUUCAAUGGGGAUUUAUAUGCCUAGCCAGGGUAUCGCACAACCGUUACACUUGGGGGCUGAUGCCUCAAUGGAGAUUCCGUUCACAGAUAGUCAUAUGGCACUGGCUGCACCUCUUAUGGGAACAGUGUUGGAUACGCAGAUAUCCGGAAGAAAAAGGAGCACUCCAGAGGAUAUGGUGGAGAAGACUGUUGAGAGAAGGCAGAAAAGGAUGAUCAAGAAUCGGGAAUCUGCUGCCCGUUCUAGAGCAAGGAAACAGGCUUACACAAAUGAAUUGGAGAUUAAAGUUUCGCGCCUGGAAGAGGAAAAUGAAAUGCUGAGGAAACGAAAGGAGCUAGAGAAUAUGUUGCCGGUUGUACCAAUCACCGAACCUAAAUAUCAGCUACGUCGAAUCGCAUCUUCUCCAUUCUGAGAUCUGUGUACCUAUAAGUUGAAGUUUGUAUAUAUUAGCAUCAGGGAAUGUUUCUUUUAAUUUAAUGUGGUAUUUCUGUAAUAUGUGAUACUGAUAGUGAUACUUUCUAACUCCUCAAGUUUUUUUUGACUUAACUCCUCUGUUAAGUUAUUAAGUAAUUAUAGGCAAUGUUGUAGUUUUA